AUGAAAAAAGCCAUCGCCACCUUUACCCUUGUUUGCCUGCUGGGCUCCAUCGUGGCCCAGCCUACCAGUGGCAACGGCCCAGCUGACAGCGAGGCCUUUGACGCCGUCGGCCCCCAGAGCGCAGUCUUCGAGACUCGUAGCAUGGCCCAGUGUGAUCCCCGCUUCCGCACCUUCGACGGCACCUGCACCAAUAAUGCCACCGAGAUCAGCCGCACGCAGGGCUCCGCUGGUCUGCCGCACUUCUCCUACUUUCUGGAGAGCCCGCCCGAGCUCCUCUUCUCUGGCGAGCUCCCAUCCCCUAGGCUCAUCUCCAACGGCCUCACCACCCAGACUAUGGACAUCCGUGAGCCGCGCGGCCUGAACGAGCUCGUCACCUUCUUCGGGCAGCUCAUUGACCACACCUGUGCCUCCACCCCGACCAACAACGGCGCCGAGGGCACUAUCGCUGAGCCCGCCUUCAUCGAUGUCCCCGCCGACGACCCCAUCAUGGCUAACAUCUCCGGCUCCCAGCUCAUGUUCUUCCGCUCUGAGCGAGAGGAGCUCCGCCUCGAGCCGGGCGUCGAGCGCGCCAUCAACAUCCUCACCUCCGCCAUGGAUCUGGACUCCGUCUACGGGCCCAGUAAGGCUCGCUCCGACGCUCUGCGCUCCUUCGUCGACGGCGAGCUCAAGACCAGCCCUAACGAUCUCCUCCCGCUCAACACCCUGGGCCUGUCCAACGAGCCCUCCCCCUCCGCUAACUUCUUCGUCGCCGGUGACGCCCGCUCCAACGAGCACCCCGUCCUCACCACAAUCCACACCGUCUUCCUCCGUGAGCACAACGACAUCGCCCGCGAGAUCAAAGCCGCCUUCCCGGAAAUGAACGAUGAGGAAAUCUUCAACAACUCGCGCCAGGUCAACAUCGCCCAGUUCCAGAGGAUCGUCUUCGACGAGUGGUACCCCGCCAUCACUGGACGCACCCUUCCCCCCUACGCAGGCUUCAGCCCAACCACGGACCCCACCGCCAGUAUCCUCUUCACCACCGCCUCCUUCCGCGUCGGCCAUACACUUGUCAACAACGAGAUCACUCGCCUCGGACCAGGCUUGACUCCUUUGACCCCGCUCGACCUCACCAUGACCUUCUUCGCCGGCGUGGGCCCGAUCAUGGCCGAGGGGAUUGAACCGAUCCUCCGCGGUGUCCUCAACACCGGUGCCCAGAAGAUCGAUCUCAUGGUUGUUGACGCCCUUCGCAACUUCCUCUUCACCAACGUCGAAGAAGUCAUUGGCCUCGACCUCAUCGCCCUCAAUCUGCAGCGCAGCCGCGACAAUGGCGUCAUGCUGUACACCGAAAUCCGCAGUCGCUUCCGCAGCGGAAGCGAAGCCGUCGUCGAAGGCUUCUCGGACAUCUCCAGUGACCCCAACGUCCAGAGCAGGCUCCAGAGCGUCUACGGUGACGUCGACAGCAUCGAGGCCUGGAUCGGACUCAUGGCCGAGGACCACGCCCCUGGCAGCUCCAUGGGCGCGACGAUGCUCGCCAUCUGGGAGGAGGAGUUCGGCCGUUUCCGGGAUGGUGACCGCUUCUACUAUGAGAACACGUUCCAGUAUGACCCGCGCAUUCUCGCCGGUAUCCCCAGGCUCCAAGCUGCCUUGAAUGGAGAGGACACCAUGAAGGCCCUCUUGCUCAGGAACACCAACAUCGCGCCCGCUGAUAUGCCGGACAGCCCCUUCUUCACCAACUAA